GUUUCCACAAUAAAAUUGUCAAAUCUUAAUCAAACAAAAGUACAAUACCGUAUUACGUAUUUACGUAAAAAAUGUUUUAAUUUCAAUCCGUAAUGAUUUGGUGUCGAAGUCCAUUAUCGCAUUAUCACUUGGUAUAAUGAAGCAAUAGAUAACGAGCGGUUAUAAAAUGGAGAGCGUUACAAAUUUUUCUGUAUCGCUUAUAAAAGGAUUCAUAGACAGCUUACGUGGUGUGACUGUGCUUUUAUACCUUGACAAAGAAAUAAAUGAGCGAGCCUUAAGCAGAUCACCAAAAAUAGACUCCGAAAACAGCAAAAACAAACUAAAGCAAACAAAAAUUAAACAGGAAUCGAAAGUACUUACAAGGGUAUUACAGUCAUGUAUUCUCAAUGGUUUUAUAUUUUUACUGAGUAUACUCGUGUUUGAGUAUGCUCUGUUACCCGCGGUGAGAUACUUAGUGUUGGCAGUAUUCGGACAUGACCCGGGAGUGGCACAUAACGUCUGGGGCUGGAUGCAGCCUUUCCUCUCCAUGACUUUUAGGAUGAUAUGGGUGCUACCACUGUUUCUGUUGAGCAAGCUAGUAAAUGCACUGUGGUUUCAAGAUAUUGCGGACUCGGCGUACAGACAUCGUCGCGGGCGACCGCAGUUCAUGUCCAGUGUCAGCAAGAUUAUUGCUGACUCACUGUUCAGUCUGCUUGUACAAGCUCUGUUUCUAGUACAGAGUAUGCUAGUCAGUAUGCUCCCGAUCACAUACAUCGGUGAACUGCUCUGCUUAGUUCACAUGUGUCUGUUAUAUUCACUGUACUCGUUUGAAUAUAAAUGGUUCAACAUGGGCUGGGAGUUGCACAAACGCCUCACAUUUAUAGAAACAAACUGGCCGUACUUCUUAGGGUUCGGUUUACCAUUAGCUGUGCUCACGCAGAUCCCCCACUCGUAUAUUAUUAGUGGUUGUGUUUUCUCAAUAUUCUUCCCCGUGUUCAUUUUGAGCGGGAAUGAAGCUACACCCGUCAUAGGAAGCGAAUAUCCUCUAAAGCUGUUCUCCCCAGUUGUAGCGAUAUCUAACGGAAUGUUCCGCUUCGUGCGGAACACUGCGGAAGUUGAAAGAACUACGAUUGAUAGAAAUAGCUGAUAAAGUGGGAGCUUAUUGGGGGAAGGGGAAUACAUCACACAUCACAUUACUAAGUAGUGCCCUUAGUAACUAAUAGUUACUAAGUAGUGGCCUUAGUAACUAAUGGUUACUAAGUAGUGCCCUUAGUAACUAAUAGUUACUAAGUAGUGCCCUAAGUAAGUAAUAGUUACUAAGUAGUGCCCUUAGUAACUGUUAAACUAAUUAAAUCACAAUCGGUUGUUUAGUUAUCACCUCUUCAUACCGCAUUCUUUAAGGGAUUGGUAUAAAUUUAAUGUAUGAAAUGGACGCUUAGGGAGUGCUAUUAAACUCUGAGUAUGAAAUAUGUCAAUGCGGUAGCUUUGUAACAAUAUAAGCCUGUUAUAUAAGGUUAUAUCUCAGUAUGAAAGAUUUUUUAUAAAAUUGUGCUGUAAUGAUUAAAAGUCGAUUUUAGUAAAAAAAAUAUUGGACUGUAAAAGCCACUCUAAAGCGGACAAAAAUGACACAAAAUUUAAUUAAAAAAAUGUAAAACUAAAUACACUUUAAAUCAAAAAAGAUGUAAUUCCUUUAUCUUUUAUGUUACAAUGAUCUCUGUAUAAGUUCAAAAUAGAUGCGAAUUUUAAAAAAAAGUGUCUUUCAUACUAAUGGUUGUUUUAAUGCAAAUUUUAAAGUAGGAAAGUAAAAUUUCAAAGUACAUAGAAAAGGUAGUUUUUUUAUUCAUUAUCGCAAUAGUACAGAUGUUUUAUUUGGGUGAUAUAUUUUUAAGUGCUGAUUUACAGGGACGUUCUAAUUUAAUGGUUAGUUUUGUAAACAAAUGGCACUAUUUCCUUUAUGUAACGUAUUUAUUACAUUAAAACGGUGCCUGAAUGCUGCUUGAAUUAUAAUCAAUCAAUCGUCCAAGUAAUUUAAAUUGAAGUAAAAGGUACCAGUUUGGAUCCGACUCGAAGGACCAUAGCACAGUAUGUUAAAACAUUUAUUGGAGUUUGUUCAUAUAAUUUGUAUUUACUUGGACAAUUUUAUUAUACGGAUUAUGGUCUUCGUAACCGUGGGAUUAUACUGUUUUUAUAUAGGUUUCAGUGGAAACCGAAGCGAAUGUACUUUACAUGUACAUGAGUCGCGUAUUCGUCGGAAAUUGUGAUUAAAAAAUUUUACAUGACAUUAUUUAAUAAAAAAUGACUGAUUA